GCGAGGUGGUGGUGGUGUUUGGGGUGGUGGGGGGGAAGGAAGAGAGGAAAUUACUGACAGUGACAUACAGCAUCAACAACAACGACGGCGAUGGAGGAGCUGUGCGGCGAGAUGGACUGCCCCGUGCUGAAGCGGCUCCUGAAGGACGACAGCGGCAAGUGCCUGCUGCUGGACUGCCGCUCCUUCCUCGCCUUUAGCGCCGGGCACAUCCGCGGCGCAGUGAACGCCCGCUGCAACACCAUCGUCCGCCGGAGGGCGAAGGGCUCCGUGCUGAGCUUGGACCAGAUCCUGGCCGGAGACGAAGACGUGCGGAGACACCUCCGCUCCGGGCUUUACUCUGCCGUGGUGCUCUACGACGAGAGGACGCCUGACUCAGACGCGGUGAAGGAGGACAGCACCGUCACCGUGGUGCUCAACGCGCUGUGCAGGGACUCAUCCGGCACGGACAUAUACCUGCUGAAAGGUGGGUACGACCGGUUCUUCGCAGAGUACCCAGAGUUUUGCCUGAAGACCAAAUCUUUGCCGUCCCUCACCAGCCAGUCCAGCGUGGACUCUUCCUGCUCCUCCUGUGGGACACCGCACUACGACCAGGGUGGCCCGGUCGAGAUCCUGCCAUUUCUCUACCUUGGCAGUGCCCUCCAUGCAUCUAAGAAGGAGGUUUUGGACACCAUAGGUAUCUCUGCCUUGCUCAACGUGUCAGCCGACUGCCCCAACCACUUUGAGGGCACCUACCAGUACAAGUGUAUUCCUGUGGAGGACAACCACAAGGAGGACAUCAGCUCCUGGUUCCUGGAGGCGAUAGAGUUCAUAGACUCAGUACGGGACUCCAGUGGCCGAGUGCUCGUCCACUGCCAGGCAGGCAUUUCCCGUUCAGCCACUAUAUGUCUGGCCUACCUGAUGAAGAGGAAGCGGGUGCGUCUCGAUGAGGCCUUUGAGUUUGUGCGCCGGCGCCGCAGCAUCAUCUCACCCAACUUCAGCUUCAUGGGUCAGCUGCUGCAGUUCGAGUCACAGGUCCUCGCCACCUCGUGCGCAGCUGAGGCAGCCGCCACGGCGAGUCCGCUCCUCGGACCCAAGUCGUCGACAGCAACCACUGCGACGACGGCCACGCCCACCUCCCCCUUCAUCUUCAGCUUUCCAGUCUCUGUGGUGAACCCUGCCUACCUGCACCACAGCCCGAUCACAACCUCUCCCGGGUGCUGAUGGACAGCUGAUCAGAGCCUCCCUCCAACUGACUGACUGAGGACAUACUGGCCUGUCAUUGGCUGAGAGAGCUGUCAAUUUCACUGACCACUACAGUAUGUACACAUGGGGAGGUGAGACGCAUCUUGGUGCCUGAUUCAAAACUCAAGACAGAAAGACCCUCUCGAUUCUUACAUGGAGGAGCAGAGGUGGAACUGUGAAAGUGCAGAAGUACGCUUGAGAGGGUCCUGGCAAUACCACUCACUUCCAUUUAAACAUGAUUUAUUGAAAUUGACCAAAAAAAAAAAAAAAAAAAAAAAAAAAAAAAACGAAAGGCUUUUAACUUUGUUUCAGUAAACCAAGUGGGGAGAGAGUGCUGAACCGACCUUUUACUGAAGAUAGAGAAAACAGCAACAAACACAUACACAGAUGCACACCAACACACCAACACACAAACUGACACAUAGAGGCAUGUGCAGCAGGGAACACACUCACACACACUUACACACAUUCAUGACCACCAACUGAAUAAGCUCAGUAUGAACACAGGGUCCGGUGGCAGGGGCGGUUGCUACGGAGACGACAGGUCUUUAGGAGAGGAGAUGGACACAGGAAGGAAGGAGGAAUUUUAAGCACCCUCUCCUUCCCUUGGGGUGUCCUAUUGCCAGACAAAAGAGAUCGAUGGGAAAGGAUGGGAGGAGUCAAAGGGGAGGAAAAAAAAGGGAGAGAGAGAGAGAGAGCGGGUGAUAGAAAGCAGGAGUCUUUUCAGUGACAGGUGCUAUGCUGGCGGUCUGAACGGGGCUUCCUGUCUUUCAUACAUCCCCUUCCUCUCUCUCUUUCUCUCUCUCUCCCACGCACAGCCUCCUCUCCUCUGCCUUUCAUCCCUUUUUAUGUCCCUCCUCUCCUUCACUUCUCCUCCUCAUCUCUUCCUGAUUCACCCCCCCCGCCUCCCCCAGCUCUGCCGCUACUCACCUCCUCACCUCCUCACUAAAGAGGACAAAGAUAGACUCAAUAAAUAUGACGAUACCAAACAAAGGCUCGGGCACUAUUAAACAGUCACGGAAACCCCUGAUAAAGCCGAUUACUGCUCUCAUUAUGUGGCAGUGAGGCAGAAAAGGGCCCUUAACUUAUUUUGGAUCACAGCAUAGUUAAAAGGAAUACGGUGACAUUUUGAAUUUUUAAUAAUGAAUGUCAUAAUGCACUUACUUCAUUGCAAUUAAACCCUCAAUAUGCCACAAAAAGGCCAGCUGAAAGCAAAUGCAGUUACAUAAAACAGGGAUAACAGAUGAAAUAAGCUAUUUACCAGUUCAAAAAAAAAAGCUUUGUUAUUCUCUUUCUUUACCAGGUUCUUGUCACAGUGUGGGUAAGGAGAGGUCUGUAGUGACAAUUCUCCUUAACUCCAAAAAAAAUGCUUUCAGUGAAGAGUACAAUCAGCUGUUACACGCUGAGGCAAGAUGGUGUAUGUAGUGUUCAGGAGUCAAACCGACCAUUUCUGAUGAUGUUUUGUCCAAAGACACCACAUCCAAACACAGAUGCUUUCACACUGAGUGUAUCUGGGAUGCUUGCACUUUCACUAAAUACACUGAUGAGCAGAAUCCAGGUGAAAGCCAAUAUCCGGUGUUGAUUUGUAAAUCUAUAGAUAAAUCCGUCGACUGCUAUCAUCAAUGAACAAACAUUUGCAUUUCAGGAUAUGUGAUUUACAUUCUAUUUUGGUCUCGUAGUUACAGUUCAUUGUGUAAAAAAGGUAAAGAUGAAAAAGUGUAAAAUCCUCAGGAGAGUUUGCACUUACACAAGGGUAAUGGCGAUUUGUUUACUUCUGCGUACUUUCCUGGAUUUAUGUAAACCAAUCACAAACUGAGGAGAUGAUGUACAGGCAAAGCAUUUUUAAGCUUUGAGACUCAUGAGAUGCUGAUUGCAAUUCAAUAUCCAAAAGAUGUCUCUACUGUUUUGUACGUUCAGUGUAGCUCGAUAUGGGUCCUGACAUACAGUACAUGCAUACAAACACACACAUGCGCAUGCACACACUCACACACACAUUCACAAAGUACAACACAAAGAUGGUAACCCUUUUCAGUUUUUAAAGACUGUCUCUCCGUAGCACUUUGAAGUGAUGCAAUACUGUAUUUACAACUAAUCAUGGAAGACAACGGGCUAAAAUACAAAACACCACCGCAUCCUUUUAAGAAAUCACACUCUUAAGAUCAUUUGUAUCCAUCAUGUCACAAUUUGAUAUCUGAUGUUUUUAAUGAGAUGCUUUUGCCGGACCGGGCGAAGCUCUACACAUACUGUACUAGACAUCCAAAGGCACAAUAUCCAUCCAACCAUGGAUGCUUUUAUACCUGAGUCCUGAGACGUAUGCACAAAACACACAUGGUCUCUUUCACCAACAGACAGAUCAGAUGGACACACACACACACACACACAUACACACACACACACAAGGUUACAAAGAACAUAAACCCUUUCUGUUUUUGAAGAUGGUCAGCACCUCUCUAUGUAGCACUUUGAAGUGAUGCAAUACUGUAUCUAUAAUUUAUGAUUGAUUUGCACAUCAUGGUGAUGAUAGACUUUGUAAAAACAGACGUUUUGUCCAGGUAGAGAGAGAAAGGCAGAGAGAAAGAGGAAGAACGAGAGUACUAAUAAUUGAAAAACGCAAUACUUUGUACACAUCUGUGUGGUUUUUACCUGUUUGUCAGCCUGCCCGUCCAUCCAUCUGCCGCUCUGUGUUAGUCCAUCUGUCUUGACUGUCUCUCUGUCUGGUCAAUGCUGUUCUCCCAUCAUGGCAAUAUCAAUCCACAUAAACAUUUAUAAGAAAUUAUAAUAAUAAUAAUUAAAAAAAAAAAAAAAAAAAAAACUUUCCCUCAGUUU